AUAAAAGCCAGAGAGGAUUUAUGAUGGAGAGCAGAGCGGCUGGCCUCAACUCAUAGCUGUAUGACACAGUGAAUAGAUCCUGCUGCCCUGUGCUCUAAAGCUCCUCUUGUGUUUACUGCGAGCUUAGAAUGACUCUGCUGUCUCCUCCUUGGCGCACUUGUGUCUCGGCCUGGAUGAUGGAGGUGGAGGUGGAGAGCUGCUGGCAGCGUCUGCUCAGGCUGCUCUUUCUGCUCUGCUUCAUGACUCUCUGCAGCUCGGCCAUCGAGACCGUGAACGUGGUGGACUUCUGUGGCCAGACGAUCCGGGGUGACGGCAUGAUUGUCAACUCACACCAGGAGUCCAAGAAGUACUACUUUGUGACCAUGGGGACUGACUGCCACCUCACUAUGCAGGCCAGCUCCCCUAAAGACAAGGUCCAGUUCCACUUCCGCUUCUUCCUGGUCUACAGUUUGCUACGAGUGGCCCCUCUGAGCCCGGCCCCUCUUUUUCCAGAGUCCCCUCGUGGCUCCGCCCCUCUCAACCCCAGACUGGAGCCCACCUCUGGUGAAAGCUCAGGGGACCCGUGUCAUGCUGGAUCAUACGUUCAGUUCUACGAUGGUCGGGACAAGAACUCACCUCCCCUCGGACCUCCUCUUUGUGGGAAGAGCCCGCCGCGGCCAGUGUUGUCCACAGGAAACUACCUGACCCUGAGGCUGGUCACCCGAGGGACUCAGCCCAGAGUGGACUUUGUGGGGGACUUCACCUCCUUCAGACUUGGUUUUAACCAAUCAGAGUGCAGCAAUGAGCCCUAUUUCACCUGCAGGAAUGGGAAGUGUAUCCCUCUCAAUCUAGUGUGUGAUGAUAAGGGCAUUGACAACUGUGGGGAUGGAAGUGACCUGGAGGAAAACCUGACUACGGGUUGUAAAGCAGGUCAGCUUUUACCUCCUGAACCUCCACCGCCAAUAGCAACCCCACCCCCACCUUUUGUGAAUCCACCCACAGCGCUGAUUCCUACACAUAUCAACUGUGGCAUGCCAGACAGUUCUCCCAGUCAUGAGUCUGUGACAGACUCCCCUGCCUCUCUGUCCCUGUUGGUCCUCUACAUCAUCCUGGGUGUGGUGGCAGGCAGCAUGGUGCUCUGCUGGUGCUGCUGGUCACCUGGUUGGUUCUUGUGGCGCAUCAGCUUCUGUCGCUUCUUACCGUGCUGCAACUCGGCCUGCGCCUCCUGCCAGCUCUGCACCCGCAGCUGCACCCACAGCAAAGAGCACAGACUUGCGAAAGUCACACCACACACACCAGUCAACGGGACCCCGGCUGGCACGGCGGCCACCACAAACAGUGCUGAAGAAAAUAUUACCACAGCAGCCGUUUAGAUCAGAAGAACUGUUUGGUUUAUCAGGUCUGGUUUAUUGAGACAUGGAUACAGUAUGCUCAGCUGUGAUCAGUCAUGGGCAUGAACAGUUAUUGCAUAUUAGGCAGUGCAACAUGACCAAGAAUCUUUAAAGUGAAGGUUGGACUAAUGUAGUCCAGUAUACAAUGCUGAAAUUAGCAGAGCUGAACAGUUUUGGUUAAACUGUGGUUUAUGUGCUUUAAAUGAUGAUGCAGGUGAUAAGACCGCUGUGUUUAUUUUUUCAUAAGAAGGUAAAGCAGGGUAAAGUAUGACUAUAUACAGGAUGAUUGUGUAAAAAGUAUGAAUGUAUCUGAAAAGAUGGGAUUAAGGGUUCUUAAAACAUUUCUGUUCACAGCACAUUUCGGCUGCUUUGAAGUCAUCUCUAUCUUGAUUGGAGCACAUUAUGUUUCAGAGAAUGCUUAUGAAGUUUGAGAAGUACAGCUUUUAGCUUCAGAAGAGACAAUGAAGUGUGUAAAGCUCUUGGUGUGAACUGUUUAAGUCAUAAUUGUUUGUAUAUAAAUGUGCUUUUCUGCUCAGUCAUGCAGUAAAACUACACUUUCAGUUCACAGCUUUGACCAAAAGUAUGCCAUGGACACAUGCUGGGGAACCAGCCCCAGAACUACAAAGUCACCCGCCUGGUGACCACAGCUGUUCUCCCUUGGAGAAAUUCUUUUAAACUUUCCACUCUCCUCCCCGCAGGCCACUGUUGUUCCACAUACAGGCCAAUGUGAAGUUUGGAUAAUAGAGCACAAAGUCAACCAGUGUACAGCAGUUGACAUUUUGUAGGGAAAAACUUUGUGUUAAUUAACUAUGAACAUCUAACAUGCUUCUGUUUGUACAAAAUAAAUGCAUAGCCAAUUAUAACAGAGAUUCCUGCUAAUUAACACAUUUAAAUUAAUAAAGUAUUGUCAGCGAAAGUACAUAGAUUAAUAGUUGUUGUGGGCACACCUCUGAGAGGUGAAACAGAAAAAUUCAGUAAAAAAUAUCAAAUUUAAUUUUAACUUUAAAUUACAGAUAUGAAUUAAUGAACAAAAAAACAAAUGAUUUGACCAAAACUAGAGCCACUCUUCAUCAUGAUUUGUUUGCGUGUGAUUCUUUAUUGUCCUUUAAUGUGUACUGGCUCCUCAACCCCCUGAAGCCAAACAAUGGUUGUUGUCUCCUGAACUUUUGUGGUGAGGCUCAUUAGGAGUAGUAAACAAACAAGCAACUGAUUCUCAUGUGGAGUCUCUUCAAACAUGUUUCUUGUUACAAAGUUAAGGUACAGAGUUAAUCAAGAUUAUUUUCUUGUUUGUUUUUCUUUUCAUUAAUGGAUGCAAUGAAUAAAAGUUAAGCAUUUUUAGUCUUAGUUUGUUGAUUGGUCUUCACUAGUGUCUACAUACAUUGAGGUAGUGUAGAGGUAGCCGGCCACCGCAGUUCGUUAAGAAAAGCAAGAACGAGUCUCCAAAAGUCUCCAAUAACACCAGAAAAAGUCGCUGGAUUUGUCGCCAGUCGAUUUUUAUUAAAUUAGUCGCUAAGGGGGUCUGAGAAGUCGCUAAAUAUAGCAACAAAGUUGCUAAGUUGGCAACAGUGCUUCGCCAGCUUUUAAAAAUGGCGCGUGUUGUGGCGUCAGGUACUUCGUCACAUCCUGCUUGUCGUUCUAUCCAAUCUGUAACCAACCCAAACAGAGAGAACCAACCCAACAGAGAGAAGAUGUACAUCUUUUGCCAUAAAGUUAAUCAAAAUUGUUAGACAUCUUUCUGGCUGAUCCCUGUCCUCUCUCAGGCUUCAUAUACAGUAAAGAGUACAGUAGAAUCAAGCCCCUGUCCCCUUCCUUUUACCCAGAUUAAUGCUUAAUGUGAGGGGCAUCCUGUGUUCAUGUGUCCACCAGGCAAACUUUCUUUGUGGCAUCCUCUAGAUGGAGUAGCUCCAUAACCUUUCUUCCCUCUGCCACACUGUGUGUUGUGUAAGUACAUUACACAGAGCCCCAUGUACUGUUUUUUUGAGUCCUUGGUAAGGCAUAAGGCCAUAUGUUUAAACAAACAAUGUGUUUCUGACCUCCAAGUUGCCAGGCUGCAGCACAUUAAAGUAUUCAGACGUCUUUAUCCAUCUUACUUUCCGAGACUGUACAGGAAUACAUGUGCAUCUGGACACUCAUCAGACAACACACACACCAAGUACAGAAAAGAGCCACUCAACACACAAGACGUGUGUCUGUGCGUCACUCUGUGGAGAAGGUCAGCGCUCCGGCUGGAUAUUUCCUGCCAGCAAGGCUUUUCUCACAUCUGAUUGCUUGCAUUUAGCAUGUAACAAUUUAUUCAGUUCACUUCAUUGAUAAAUACAACGGUUACAGGCUGAUUUUAUCGAGUCUGUGUUUAAUAAACACUGUAACAAUCUCUGGAAGUGAAAUAUGAUAAAAGUUGAAAUUGUCAAAGAAAUGUCAUCUGAGUCUUAAAGCUGCACUAAUCAAUAUUUGUAUGUUAAAAGUGUAAAGCGAAAGUGAUUUUUUUUGUGGCCCAAAAAGUAAAUUAAAGCAGCUUUAAAUGAGUUCAUUGUAUUUUCAAAUAGACAUUACUUAAAGAAUACAAGCAUUGUUUUUUCAUGCCCUGGUCAAUUUGAGAUUUUGGGCUGUUUUGCUUCCAUAAUACAUCUUCUUUCAGACUGGUGGAAAGAAAACAUCCCAAAUAUGCAUUUAGGUAUUUAUCUUACUACCCUUUAGGCUAAAUGUUAAUGAGGGAAAACUGACAAUUUUCUUGGAUUUACAUAAAUUGGGUAUCAUAAACUGAGAUUAUUUUGGAUUUAAUGAGCCCAAUUUUAUUCAUGUGUGAUGAUUUCAGUCAUCACAG